AAUAAAGCUUGAAAAGCAGAUAUGGGUACUCCAUUCUGCUCCCGUUUUACGUCUCUCAAAGUCACGCCCUUUAUUCCCGGCUUAGCUCCGGCGAUUCAGUUAAAAUUCACAAGUACUCUCCCCCCAUUAAACGGCGUCGUAAUAUCUCGAAUGGAAUCAACUGCCAUUUCCCCUUCCAACAACUCCAGCCCAACCACCACCGUCAGCGCCGUCGCUGCCGGCUGCGACACAACCACAACCGGUAACAAUAGCGCAGAGGAGAACUCCGUCUCCGACACAGUGAUUCAGUACGUUGUUCUAAGGAGAGACCUAAUUGACACGUGGCCGUUAGGAAGCGUGGUUACGCAAGGCUGCCAUGCCGCCGUCGCCGCCAUUUGGUCCCACAAGGACGAUGCCGUUACUCUUCAAUAUUGUAGCCCUUCCAAUCUCGACUCAAUGCACAAGGUAACUCUUGAAGUGAAGGGUGAAGCUCAGAUAUUGAACUUGGCAGAAAAGCUAAAAGCUGGGGGCAUUGCUCAUAAGCUGUGGAUUGAACAACCAGAAAACAUCCCAACUUGUCUUGCUACGAAACCUUAUCCAAAAUCUGUGGUAUCUUCGUUUUUCAAGAAGCUAAAACUUUGUAAAUGAUGAAUUUCAAGUGCCAUCCGGUAAUGUGACACUGACACAAGUAGUCUUAGUUUCAGUAUAUCUUUGCUAAGGUAUUGAACAUAGUUUUGCUAAUGAUGAGCUACACAAUGAUCAUAUUCCUUUACCGAACCCUUUUGCAUAUGGUUCACCUGGAUUUUAUAACCUGGUGAUUUUGGCCAUGCAAACAUUGGUCUUAUCUUCAGCUAUUUCUGAAGUCUUAUUGAUUUACUGUCA